AUGUAUCGGACGUGCUUUUGUUUGCUAACACUACUGACUGUGGUCCUGGCCGCCACCCAGAGUCGCGAUUAUUUGCCAAAACGGUCUUACUACUAUGCCGCACCUAGUACGGAGACUAGUGCCAAAACUAUGGCCGCCCUGCGUAGAAUUAUUCAAGGACAUUUGCAACGUUUCCAGCAGGCGGACAACACAUUUGCGUUGUUCUCCCCUCGAGCAAUAGCCCAGCAGGGCAAGGCGGAAGUGCAACCAGACAAGCCAAAGCAACAUCUGCAGCAGCAGCAGCAGCAGCAGCUGGUGUUGGCCGGUUCGCAGAAUAACUUGGAAUAUGCCUUGCCACCAAACACGCCGACACCAAAGAACUAUGCCCAGAAUUUCCUACCCGAGGGCCAGGAUGUGGUUCCCGGAAGUUCUUACAUACCGCUAAGGCUGCUUUUGAUUCGCCGCUGAGACUGAGAAUGUUUUGCGCCUUUCAGUCGUUGUUUUUGUCGGCAUCUUUAGUUGUUGAAACAAGUUGGCCAAAUUCUGUUGCUGCUGCUGACUUUUGGAAUGCCGUUCUCAGCUGUGGCCAGUAACCAGUGAAUGAGGUUAAUUUGUUUUAAUCUUACUGGUUCUUAUAUAAUUUUAAUGAUAUUUUAA